GACGUGAUUCCGCUUCUCUAACGCCGCUACCGAAGACUGAGAAUUUCACAAUGGAGAAAUUCUCCCCGUUGAAUUGCAAGAUUCCCCUGAAUGCUUGAAUUACUGUAUGUUUGCCACGGUACCAUCGGUUACCCAGAGCUACGUUCUCCAGUCGUACGUCCCGACGGCGAUCACGACGACGACGACGAUAGCGAUGCGAACGAACGACGCGGACAUUGGCGGCACGAGGAUGCCGAACAGGAGGUUCCCCUGCGCGAAUUGCAACAGCGUUUUCAGCCGCAAGGGUGGCCUCACUUAUCAUCAGACAUUCGAGUGCGGUCAGUCGCCGCGAUUCAAGUGCCCGUAUUGCGUCUACUGUGCCCGGCACAACUCGAACGCGCGUCGACACGUGCGGAAAUGCCAUCCCGGUCGGGAGGUGCGCACGAUCGACCUGUGCAAGUUGCAGCAACACGACCCUUGAGGCCAGGCGUCUACUCGGAAGAUCGACGUCGUCCCCGAAGAACAACGAUUCGCGGAGAUCAAAGACGUCGGGCGAUACUGCGAAACGGGACGCCGGACAUCGUGCGAAGAUCCUUCUCUUGUCGAAGCGCCGCAGCUAGGAAGAAUGGUAGAGAUCCUGAAGAGCUUAUUAAUCUAGUUCUUGUAGUGCGGUAUUGUUUGAAAUAUAUUUAUUCGAAGAAUACCGUAAACAUUCCCUAGGAUUCGCGACGGAAGAUCAUAUCGUGUAAACAUGGAUAUAUCUGUUUUUUUUCAGGGACGUGGGGCAUCGUGAGCUUCCGUCCGCAUUAAUGGUUUCUCUUCGCGUUUUGAUUCCGCUUGGUCAACUUGAAGAUGGAAGAUGUAACUGUGCAUAUGUUGUCUGCGUCUCGAACACGGCAUGAUGUUUAAGAACAAUAUUUAAGAACAAUAUUUAGGAAGUAUAUAAAGAAAGAUCAGUGCCAAAUAGUGCGUAGUUUUACGCGAUUUUAUCUAUGGUUGAUUGCGAUUUACACGUGGACAUUAAUUCACGACAAAUUUGUAUAAAGAAUUGUGAAUAUCUCUGUUGCUAGAAAAUAUAACAAAUCAUUAUCAACUGUUUCUACAAAGUGAUUACUGUUAUUAGUUGUAAGACUAAUAAUAAAGUCUUUAAUUAAUUAA